CUUAAUUAAAAUUUUAUUAAUACAGCUGAUAUUAUUUAUUGGAUCAUUAAAUAUGAUUGCUCAGAUUACAUCGGUGUUCUUUUUGCUAUCUUACUUUGCCACAAAUUUAGCAUGUUUAGCUUUGGAUUUAGCAUCUGCUCCUAAUUUCAGACCCUCAUUUAAAUAUUUCUCUUGGCAUACAACAGUAAUUGGUUUACUCGGCUGUCUUGUAAUGAUGUUCUUUAUUAGUCCUCUGUUUGGUUCCGUUGCCGUAUUGCUAUGUUUAAUCUUGUUCAUAGUGCUACAUCUCAGAGCUCCUACUGUUCAGUGGGGCUCUAUUAGUCAAGCAUUGAUUUUUCAUCAGGUCCGUAAAUAUCUUCUACUUCUGGAUAGCCGAAAAGAUCACGUCAAGUUCUGGCGUCCGCAGUUCCUUCUUUUGGUUGCAAACCCUCGUUCCUGUAUUCCCCUUAUUUCAUUCGCUAACGAUUUAAAGAAAAGUGGAUUGUACAUUAUAGGACAUGUGAAGAUUGGUAAUAUAUCAGAUCAUGAAACUGAUCCAGUUGCUGAAGAAUAUCCUUUGUGGUUAUCACUUCUAGAUAAAUUAAAGGUCAGUUCUCACAGUUCUCAUUAUAAACAUUUAUUAUAUUUAUUACAUUUCUUUUAAACGUAUACUUUAUUGUUUAAUGAAGUGAACUGUUAUCACAUUUGAACAGGGGUCCAAAACUGAUGCUCCAGGCCACAUUAGGUUAAAUUGUUUUUAAAUGGACCACAGUAUUGUAGUUAAAAUAUAUUUGUGUAGACAUUAAACAAGUAUUAUAGAUUAUACACAAAUUCAACAAUAUAAAACUAUAAUAACUGAAAUACUUUAUACAGAUUUAAAUUAAAAUACAGGGAACUCUGAUUAUCUGAACUGAUUCGUUCUUCAGGUGAUUUGGAUUAACAUAGAGAAUGAAAUUACAGUAUAACAGCACAGUAUUAUACAUGUACUGUAUUUAUUUAUUCAUCAAUUUUCACAUAGAAUCCUAUUAAAUAUUUGGGUCUGUUGCAUGAUAUAAGAGAAUUGCAAUGUGACAUUAGUGGGGGAGAGAGGAGGGCAAGUGGUAGUUUGGAUAAUUGGAGUUCUACUGUACUGAGAAUAAAUUCAUGAAUAUUUUGAUACUUAUUAACAAAACGAAUGAUGUGUUUUUGCUGAAUUAAGACAGUGGGCCACAUUAAAACAUUAGCUGGCAUUGUAUAAGCAUUAUAUUGUGUAUUUGUUUUAGAAUCAAAAAUUUGAUAAUUCAACAAGCCAAUCAAUGCCACAUGUCAUUGGGCUAUAAUACUAAAAAAUUAUGAAACAAUUUGGUACUAGAGGGAGGCGUUAGGUGUCAUCUCUUAAUAAAUUUAAUAAUUAUAAUUUUUAAUUAAAUAAUUUAGAACUACUGGGAGAAAAGAAUCGGCCCGGAGCGGGACUAGAACCUGCUUACAAUGAAGAUGCGCCACCACUUAAGCUACCUGGACCUCAGGUUCAAUCUUGUAUUCCAGUAUAUGUAACAUUAUGUUAUUACCAUCAACAGUUAUUAUGGUGCCAGCUGGAGACACAUCCAGUGCCUGCAUCCUGUAAACAGCUCCUAAGGUACAGUACUCAACCGGCCAUCGCAAACCCUGUCAAGGCAUAUAUAAACAAACAUCACUAUAAUCUGACACAUUAUUACAUAAUAAUUAAAUAUUUCAUUGAGUUUAUUUAACUUUUAUUCUUUUUUUUUCCUGUAAGUACUAAGAGCCUUUUAAUCAUAUUCAUCAUGGGCUUGCUUGGCCCUAUAAUGGGAGCAACUAUAUGGUAAAGGGACAGACCAUCCUCUAAAAAUUUCUGGGAUUUUUGAUCAUCUAGAAUUGCUCCUGGUUUUCUUGGAACAGUAAACUGAUAUCUUAAUUCAGUGUUUUUUUCAAUCUUUUUCAAAUAGUGGCACCUCCAACUUGGCAAGUUUUUCUUGUGGUACACCUAUUUCUUUGUAUAUUUUAUACACAUAUUUACAAUACUAUUAAUAUUGAACAGGGGCAAGACACUACAUCAUUAAUUUAAG